AGUAGGCUUUUGAGGAAAUAAGUUUAAGUUGUCACAAUGGAAACUGAUAGAUCAGCAUUUUGUGGUUGUAAAGGUAUAAGAACAUGUCUUAAGUGUGAGGAGCAUUAUUCCAUUGGUAAACCACAGUUAACGUUGUCUCAAUUUCAGAAUUGCUACAGUUACUGUCCUCACUGUAACAUUGCAGUACAAGGGACUUCCUUGGAUCAUCCGAAUCACACUGCAGAAUCGAUAUCAUUCCCUGGAGUUUACAUCAAAUUGGAAUUUAUCAGCAGAGAAGAAGAGUCUUCAUUGAUUCAAGAUCUUGAUUCCAUUCCCUGGGAUCUUUCUCAGAGUGGAAGAAGGAAGCAAAAUUUUGGCCCGAAAUGCAACUUUAAGAAAAGGCGUUUGCAGCUGGGAGACUUUAAAGGGUUUCCAGAAACAACCCGAUUUGUACAAGAGAGGUUUUCUAGUAUUGACAUCUUGAAGGGGUAUCAAACGAUAGAGCAAUGUUCUUUAGAGUACGACUCGAAGAAUGGAGCCUCAAUCGACCCUCACAUAGACGACUGCUGGAUUUGGGGAGAACGGAUUGUUACUGUCAACCUGCUCUCAGACUCUGUGUUGACGCUGGUGCCGUACCGAGGGGAAAGUAAACGUUACAACUUAGACCUUGCCCCUGCAGAGUACAGGUGCGCCUCAGUUCCAGAUGAUGUCGCUGUGAGAGUACCAAUGCCUCGAAGAUCACUGUUAGUCCUGUAUGGAGAGGCGAGGUAUGCCUGGGAACAUAUGGUACUCAGAGAGGACAUCGCACAAAGAAGAGUGUGUCUCGCUUAUAGAGAAUUCACUCCACCGUACCUGCCCGGUGGAACUGAGGAAUCGAAGAGUGAGCAAGUGUUUGAAAAAGCAAAACUAUUCUGGUGAACAUUGAUAAAUGCUGAUUGUAGAAAUCCACAAAUUCUUUAACACAUUUAAGUGAUUAAAAUAUCUUUAUAAAAAUAAUGUAUUGAUAAAUAACAGAUGGAAAAUAAAUGGUUUAAAAAUG